UUGGUACAGUAAGUUACAACUACACUCCGGGGUGUUUGCCGACUUCUACCAGCUGCAAACUGUAGGGAUAAAAUUACUUUAUAACCCAUCAGAAGACAACACAAUGGAUUUACAGCUUGUACUGAACAUACGCCCGUUUUUACAGACCAAGUGUGAUCGCGAACAGCGACUUUUCAGCAGUGUUUGCUAACGUUAGCUUCUGUUUCUAGCUUAACCGGUGAACUUGUCAACAAUGGAGGAUGUUGGCGAAGCCUGCAGCGAGAUUCAGACUGUUUCCUCUAAUGUUCCCGAAAGUCCAAACACAGAACUGAAGAAACUGCUAGUUUUUAAAGUUUACAAGAGGAGGUGGUUUGUUCUGCUGGUGGUGUGUCUGUUAAACUGCUCCAACGCAACGAUAUGGCUGACCUUUGCACCAGUAGCGGACGAGUCUGCCCAGUAUCUGAAUGUCACUCUCAACGAAAUCAACUGGUUGUCACUGGUCUACAUGGUGGUGGCGAUACCGCUCAGCUUUGGGACCUCAUGGAUGCUGGACACCUUCGGGCUACGCAUCACGCUGAUUCUGGGAUCCUGGUUGAACAUGAUUGGAGCCCUGUUGCGCUCCUGCGGGACACUGCCGAUGGAGGGUUUUAAAGUCCAGUACCCUGUAGUGUUUAUGGGUCAGACCCUUGGUGCCCUGGCUCAGCCCCUCAUCAUUUUCACCCCCACCAAGCUGGCAUCUCUGUGGUUCCCUGAACACCAGCGCACCACAGCUAACAUGAUCGCCUCUAUGUCCAAUCCCCUAGGUGUCCUCCUCCCUAACAUCAUAUCUCCCUUGAUGGUUGAAAAACCUGCACAAAUUCCUGGCCUGCUGCUUGCCUAUGCGGUCCCGGCAUGCUUCAUCUGUUUCCUAGCAACAGUGGGGAUACGGAGCAGCGCCCCUCCGACGCCGCCGUCGGCCGGUGCUGAGUCGUCCGGCUCUGAGCCGUUCAUACAGGGGGUCAAACUGUUACUGAGGAACAAAGCCUACCUCAUCCUGCUGCUGUGCUUCGGUUCGGGCAUUGCUGUUUUCACCUGCUUCUCAACACUGCUGGAGCAGAUCAUGUGUGUGCAAGGAUACACCAAUGACUUCGCUGGUGUUUGUGGCGCUCUCUUCAUCGUGUUUGGCAUUGUUGGCGCCGGCGCUCUUGGUCUCUAUGUCGACAAGACCAAGAAGUUCAUCGAAGCCACAAAGAUCAACAUGAGCUUCACUGCUCUCGCAUGCAUCGCCUUCUCAGUGGUGUGUCUGAUGCGGGAGCAGAAAGUCGCCAUGGCUGCCGUCUGCUCUCUUUUUGGCUUCUUUGGUUUCUCCAUUUACCCUGUGGCCAUGGAGCUGUCUGUGGAGUGUUCGUAUCCGGUCGGAGAAGCCACAUCAGCCGGACUCAUCUUCAUCUCGGGACAGAUUCAGUCUGUUCUCUACAUAAUCCUCCUUCAGGCUUUAACCACACCCCUCGCGGAAUCUCCUCUGUCAACCUGCGGGAAUUCAGUCCUGAGCUGGAGAGUGCCCAUGUUGGUAAUGGCAGGAUUGUGCAGUUUGUUUACCUGCUGCUUCGUGAUCUUCUUCCACACGCGAUACAGACGGCUGGAGGCUGAGGAACAAGCAACCUACAGGACUAAACAAAGCACCGGUUCGGCGACCAAUGAGCAUUAGCUGGCGCUUUAAUCCAAAUGCUUACAUUUGCUAUAUAUAUAUAUGUCAGAGGCCGCUCACCUCUGGAGCAACUAAGAGUUAAGUGACUCAGGUGCACAUUGGUUGAUAUCGCAGUGGGAAUUGAACCAGAUCUCCCACAACAAAGAUGUGUCUUAUCCACUGCUCCAUCGCCACCCAUAAACACCAGACCUACAGUUUGUUUUGGUAACCUCAGAUUCAUGUGUAUCUGCUGCUGAUCAUGUGUAUUUAAAAUAUUUUGCAUUCGCACUAGGUCUUGAGAUGAGAUGUACCGGUAAUAGGAGAGAAAAUGAAGACCAAAAACAUACACAAACCUGCUAUGGAACAAUGUACAUUUUCACAUGAAGAUUCUCAAACAAUUACUUUAGGUCUCUCCGCUCUGACAUUUUAGCUCACGGCAAAGGAGGCUGUGUAUCCACAUUCCUUCAAAAUAGCAAAUCUACUUACGCUGCAUUGUUUUGUUGUUCCCAGCAUUACAUUCAGCGAGACUCAAAAGACAGCAUUUUGUGUGGCUGCUUUGAAUUCUUGUCUAUUUCCUGCCACUUUCCAAAGAACUGUGUAUUAUUUUUGACUCAGGGACUGACAGCCAGAUUCAAAGUAGUUCCCUCUAUGCUACGCACAAAAACAAACGUUAUAUACCAAACUUAUAUAGAUUAGUGUUGUUAGAGUGUUGGAUAAAUAAUAAAUCAUAGGACUAUUUUAAAUAGUGAAUGAAUUUAGGAGUGUCACUGCAGGAGGGUGCUUUGCACACAGCACUGAGGAGAUCUGGUGUUGAACACUAGAUGACGUUUACAGUUGUUGUUUUAGCAUUUAAACAUUUUCUGACUUCACUGGAGCUGCUUGAAAUAACUCCUUUCAUUGUCACAUCAUCGCAGACACGUCUGUAUCCCAUCCUAUUGUACUAAAACAACUAUAAAAGACACUAUUUACUAACAUACUUGGGAUGAAAUCUAUUAACUGUCAUUAGGGUUUCUGAAGGUCUCUGGAAACUAAAUGUGUUGAUUUGAAACUUGACUACCUGGAAUUGAAACCAAAUGGUUUCCUGUUUGUUAACUGUCUAUUAUUGUUCCACUAAUCAUCGUCUGUGUUAUUUGACGUGUCCCCUAAUCAACAAAUCGCAUUUAAUUACUUAUUAAUGUCUUAAGUUUGUAAAAAUCCUUCCAUCUUAAGGACUGUAGACACUGUAAAACAGGUGUGAAGGAUGCUGAAGCCUUAUAGAUGGAGACCGUUGUGGGAUCUGUGCAAUAAAGGGAAUAAAUUCAGUACUGACACAUUUUGUACUCUGUCAAAAUAAAGUGGUGUGCCUGGUGCAAAUGAAGGCCCUGUAUGUGGCAGAUAGGAAUGACACAUUAGUGUUCAACAGCGUACUGAAUGUGUUCUGCUUAUUGAAGACACCAAAUCAGUUGAGUUUGUACUUAAAUUAAAGGUGACAUGGGAUUUUUUAAACUUCUUCCUCUAAUCAAGGCCAAUAAUAGUUGUUUUGUAGAGGUAAUAUUUGAUAUUUUGUUAAAGAUUUAAAAAACUUGUUAACUGACUUCCUUCUCACUGAGUGUGUUUCUAAAGGCCAAGACUGCAUUAAUGACAGUUUCUGCAAUAUUUUGUAUUUCAGUGCCUUAAAAUAUCAAUAAAAUGUUACCUCAA